AUUCCCUCCUCACCAGCCGACACCCCCCCUACUCCAGAGGAACAACGCCUGCUCUUCUCCUCGAGGAGGCGGGAAGGACGGCGACGUCUGACAGCCCACCGGAGACGCGUGUCGCGGGCUGACGGGAGGAGGAGAAGCCAUUGGUGGGGAGGACGGGAGAGGAGAAGCUUUAAAAACGAGACGCCGGACAGCGGGCGGUCAUUGGAUCUGGAGGGGGGCGAGACUCCACAACACAACCGGGUUUAGAUGGACGGGGUUUCUGGUGGAGACGAGACGUGUCGAGGCUGGCUGUCCUACACAAUGAAAUGAAAUGCAUCGAAAGGUACAUGAGUUUCGGGAAGAAGACAGAGGGGAAUGAGAACAACGAUUUCAUUGGGCAUACUUUCCACUCCGCGCUGAAGAAAUAGAUGAUAAACGCCGGGGAAGACAAACUUUUCUGGGAAGCCUACAGAAUCUCCUACAUCCAGUCCUGCAUCCUGUUAUUCCACGAUCGCAUUGGUUUUCCAACAGUCCUUCGCUGAAUACGCUUUGUGAGCGCAAAUCGUCUCCAUUUGGAGACAUCAGCAGGAGAUAUUCCUGCAGGAGUAGGCGCUGCGGGAAAGGACGGGACUCAGUCCACUGGUGUACUACCUAUUCGGGCUAUUGCAAGAAGCUUCGGAAUAAACACCGGUGGGAAGGGACGUGAGCGUUGAAAGCUGAAAGACAUUCAACAAAAGCAGGGGAAGUCUUUCUGCAGCCUUUUCCGAAUACCAGGUUUGCCUAGGUCUUAAUUUAUUUUGCAAAAUAAGGGUGGUGAAGUUGUUAAUUCUGAAUGCUGCAAACCUUGUGAAAUAUCCGAUGUAUGAUAGACUAUUAUUCAAUUAUGGAUAAGAGCUGUUCUAAACGCCAUUUUUAAACAAAUAUCUGCCUAUCUUUGAUUAUAAUUGCAUCACAUGGCACAUCGAGUCAAACGAAAUCAAUACUGAUUGCCAAAAGAAUUGCGGCACUAACAAAGCUGACAUAACCCUUUAAUCCGGCAAAUGUCAUAUUCACGUGUAGUAGCUGUCAUUUUCCUAGUGUGUUGCCAAUAAUUGGGACGAAGCUCCAACAGUGGAGGUCUGAGUUUAAACUGAAGCAGACAAGUAGGCCAGUGGGUGAACCAACAGACUCAAGUGCGUCAAAACAGUGGGAGUAAAUGGAAUGCAUGGAUGGACCACCCAGGAAAUACAUUUUUGCAUUUAGACUAGUUUAGACUAGCUUGGCUGUGGUGCUGGCAAUCAUACCUUUAAAACCACAUCGUGUGGCCUAGUAUCCUGUGGAUCCCUACAUUGCCUUUGUACUCUUCGCCUUGCCCCCUCAAAUAUCCGGUUACACCUUUCCGCAAAGUGUGGAUCUUCGAUUCUAGCAAACAAACCAACCGAAUUGCAACAUGGCGUCCCCCCAACAUCAGCAACUGAUCCCCCACAACACAGAAGCUAGCUGUGACUCCAGCGGGGAAGGCAGCGUCUCCGUGAGGAUCAGCAGCAGUGGGAAACACAAGCAUGGAGCCGGGCCCCUAGGGGCCAUAGGAGGCGGCUUCAUAGGGGGGUCCAAGCACUGCAAGUACAGCAUCUCGUCCAGCUGCAGCUCGGGGGAAUCCGGGGCCAAGAGAGCCGCGGUCAAGAACUUCCGCUCCCACAGGAACAUUCCUCAGCUCUUCGAGAGGUCCGCCGGCCACUUCUGGGACCCCAAGUUCGACUCGUCCAUCCUGGAGGAGGCGUGCCGCGAGAGGUGCUUCCCCCAGACGCGCCGUCGCUUCCGCUACGUGCUCUUCUACCUGGCGGCGGCCAGCGUCCUCUGGGGACUGUACUUUGCCGUCAACCCUUCCCGCUGCGACCGGAAGGCCUUCCUCCUGCCCGCCGCGGCCUUCCUCCUAUUCUGCCUUCUCCUCUUCCUGUUGACCUUCACUCGGUUCUACGGCCGCUUCUACAACCAGGUGUCCCUGCUGCUCAUCCUGGCCACCUUCUCCCUCACGCUGGCUCCCCAGAUCCGCACGUCGGGCUUCCGGGACUUUGAGCCUUCGCCCGUGGAGUCAGACGAGGGAGACUUCAGCGGCAUGGGGGCUGAUUAUUAUAACGUCUCCCUCGGGAAGAACGCAACGCAGUGCUCGUCAGCCCCGUGCAUCUCGCCCGUGGGGACCUUCUCCCUGUGCAUGGAGGUGCUGCUGUUGCUGUACAGCGUUCUCCACAUCCGCCUCUACGCCUCGGUCCUGCUCGGGCUGCUCUACUCGCUCAUCUUCGAGGGUCUGGGGUGGCUGUACCUGACCGGAUUCACGGAGGACCCCGGCUCGGCCUCGCAGGCGGACUGGGACACGCUCCGCUGGCUGGGCCCGGCCAAGGCCCUCCUCCACCUGUGCGCCCACGCCAUCGGCAUCCACCUCUUCAUCAUGUCGGAGGUGCGCUCGCGGAGCACCUUCCUCAAGGUGGGCCAGGCCAUCAUGCACGGGAAGGACCUGGAGGUGGAGAAGGCGCUGAAGGAGCGCAUGAUCCACUCGGUGAUGCCUAGGAUCGUCGCCGACGACCUCAUGAAGCAAGGCGACGACGAGCUGGGCGACGGCUCGGUGAAGCGCUACUCCAGCAGCGGGGCCGCCGCCGCCAUCUCCAGCCCGAAGAGCAACAAGCGCAAGAAGACCUCCAUCCCCCGGGGGCACAUCAUCUUCAGGCCCUUCAACAUGAAGCGCAUGGAGCCCGUCAGCAUCCUCUUCGCCGACAUCGUGGGCUUCACCAAGAUGUCGGCCAACAAGUCGGCGCACGCGCUGGUGGGCCUCCUGAACGACCUGUUCGGACGCUUCGACCGGCUCUGCGAGCUGACGUGCUGCGAGAAGAUCAGCACGCUGGGCGACUGCUACUACUGCGUGGCGGGGUGCCCGGAGCCACGGCCGGAGCACGCCUACUGCUGCGUGGAGAUGGGCCUGGGCAUGAUCCAGGCCAUCGAGCAGUUCUGCCAGGAGAAGAAGGAGAUGGUCAACAUGCGCGUGGGCGUCCACACCGGCACCGUCCUGUGCGGGAUCCUGGGGAUGAAGCGCUUCAAGUUCGACGUGUGGUCCAACGACGUGAACCUCGCCAACCUGAUGGAGCAACUGGGCGUGGCCGGGAAGGUGCACCUGUCGGAGGCCACCGCCAACUUCCUGGACGACCGCUACCUGCGCGAGGACGGCCGGGUGGUGGAGCGGGUGGGGCAGAGUGUCGUGUCGGACCAGCUCAAAGGUGGGUGCUGCUCAAUCCUCAGCUUAACGGAAUAAUGGAAUAGAACGAAAUGAUAUGAUCUCAUGAGU